AUGUUUGUAUUCAAGCGAGACGGAAGGAAGGAGCGUGUAGCCUUUGAUAAGAUCACUGCAAGAAUCAAUAAGCUUUGCUAUGGCCUGGAUCAAACCCAUAUCGACCCUGUCUCCAUUACCCAAAAGGUUAUCUCUGGUGUCUAUCAAGGUGUGACCACCGUUGAACUUGACAACCUUGCUGCCGAGACAGCUGCGUAUAUGACUACCAAGCAUCCUGAUUACGCUGUGUUGGCUGCCCGUAUUGCCGUUUCCAAUUUGCACAAGGAGACCAAAAAGGUGUUUUCUCAAGUGGUGGAUGAUUUGCAUACCUAUGUGAAUCCCAAGACCAAUAAGCAUUCACCCAUGAUUUCGGAUGAGACACAUGCUGUGGUGAUGAAGCAUGCUGACAGACUCAACUCGGCCAUCAUUUACGAUCGCGACUUUAGCUUCAACUUUUUUGGAUUCAAGACCUUGGAACGUUCGUACCUGCUAAAGAUCAAUGGCAAAACAGCUGAGCGUCCUCAACAUAUGAUUAUGCGUGUUGCUGUUGGUAUCCAUGGCGAAGAUAUUGAUUCAGCUAUUGAGACAUACCACUUGAUGUCGGAGCGUUUCUUCACCCAUGGCAGUCCCACCUUGUUCAAUGCCGGCACUCCACGUCCACAAUUGUCAUCCUGCUUUUUGCUGACCAUGAAGGAUGAUUCGAUCGAGGGUAUCUAUGAGACACUCAAGACAUGUGCCAAGAUAUCAAAGACGGCGGGUGGUAUUGGUCUCAACAUCCACAACAUUCGAGCUACUGGUUCGUACAUUGCUGGUACCAAUGGAUACUCAAAUGGCAUUGUUCCCAUGUUGCGUGUGUUCAACAAUACGGCUCGCUAUGUGGAUCAAGGUGGCAAUAAGCGUCCUGGUGCCUUUGCCAUGUACUUGGAACCAUGGCACCCUGAUGUCUUUGAUUUCCUUGAUUUGCGCAAGAACCAUGGCAAGGAAGAAAACCGUGCACGUGAUUUGUUUUAUGCCUUGUGGAUUCCAGACAUGUUUAUGCGCCGUGUGGAAGAAAAUGGUGAUUGGAGUUUGUUCUGCCCUGAUGAAGCACCUGGAUUGCAAGAUGUAUGGGGUGAGGCAUUCGAUGAAUUGUACCAAAGAUACGAACGUGAAGGCCGUGCUCGCAAGGUGGUCAAGGCACAAAAGCUUUGGUAUGCCAUUUUGGAAGCUCAAACGGAAACGGGUGGUCCAUUCAUGCUAUACAAGGAUGCAUGCAAUCGCAAGUCCAAUCAACAAAACUUGGGUACCAUCAAAUGCUCCAACUUGUGCACUGAAAUUGUCGAGUAUUCAUCCCCUGAUGAGGUGGCUGUAUGCAACUUGGCCAGUAUUGCAUUGCCCUCCUUUGUGGUGCGCAAAACACGUGACACACCUGCUUCCUUUGAUUUCAAAAAGUUACAUGAUGUGACCAAGGUGGUGACUCGCAACUUGAACAAGAUCAUUGAUAUCAACUAUUAUCCUGUGCCUGAAGCUGAGCGUUCGAAUCGCCGUCAUCGUCCCAUUGGUUUAGGUGUGCAAGGUCUUGCCGAUGCCUUCAUGUUGAUGCGUUUCCCAUUCGAUUCCCCUGAAGCCAAGCAACUCAAUUUGCAAAUCUUUGAAACCAUUUAUCAUGCUGCUGUGGAAGCAUCCACCGAAUUGGCUGCACGUGAUGGCGCCUAUGAGACCUUCCAAGGUUCACCUGCAUCCAAGGGCCAAUUGCAGUAUGACUUGUGGGGCGUGACACCUACCGAUUUGUGGGAUUGGAGCUCGCUCAAGGAAAAAGUGGCAAAGCAUGGCUUACGCAAUUCGCUUUUGGUAGCACCCAUGCCUACUGCAUCCACUUCACAAAUCCUUGGUUUCAACGAAUGCUUUGAACCUUACACAUCCAACUUGUAUACACGUCGUGUCUUGGCCGGUGAAUUCCAAAUCGUCAAUCCAUGGUUGUUAAAGGACUUGGUGGAACGUGGUAUUUGGAAUGAUGAUGUCAAGAAUAUGAUCAUGUCUGAUAAUGGCUCCAUUCAACGUGUACCUAUUAUCCCUGAUGAUCUCAAGAACCUCUACAAGACCGUUUGGGAAUUGCCACAACGCGUAAUCAUUGAUAUGGCUGCUGAUCGUGGUGCCUUUAUUGACCAAAGUCAGAGUUUGAAUAUCUUCAUUGGUGAACCCAACUUUGGCAAGCUCACAAGUAUGCACUUUUAUGGUUGGAAGAAGGGUCUGAAGACCGGCAUGUAUUAUUUGAGAUCGCGUCCUGCUGUCGAUGCCAUCAAGUUCACUGUUGAUCAACUCUCACUCAAAGAAUAUCGUGAACGAAAGACGGAGCAAGAAAACAAUAAUGAAGCUGACAUGCUUUGUUCACUUGAAAACAAGGAUGCUUGCAUGGCUUGCAGCGGUUAA